GAUCUCUGACCAUGGUGUGGAGCUGAAGCCACAAGGGCUACACAAGCUCCAGGAAGGCAGGAUGAAGGAGGAGCUGUGUCAGAGGAGUGGAAUAUGUUUGAAUGUGGGGCUUGGCUUACCAGGGGAUUGGCUUACCAAGAGUAUAUAAGGCGUGUUCCUGGUGUGGGCAGUGUGCCUGUGGCUGUGCCUCUGGCUGCGGGUGAGCACCCAGAGGUGUUCCUUUUACCUUUUUUUGUCCCUUGUUGUAGUUUAAUAAACUUUUUGAAAUUUUAGAAGUGCAGGGUCGUUUCUCACAACAAAGGAAAAGACCACUUGCUUUGUAGGGUAAAAAAAAUCAAGAUCAGUAACCUCGAGACUGUGAAAUUCUGAUGGAUCCAAAGUUGUGAAACCCCUUCUGAUGGCCCUGUGACUCCAGUAGCUUUCGGAAAAAACAACAACAGUGGAAAAGGGCACGGAGAGACCCAGCAGGAGGGGAAUGGGGAGCUCCUUCUCCAUGUUACUGAUCUGGGAGGAGCUGCUUUAGGACAUGGAUCCCAAAGGAGCAAGAGCUACCAGGAAGCAGUGCUGAUCUGCACAGACCCCCUUUGCCUGCUGCUGCCCCACAGUGAACAGGAAGCUGCUCAGGAGCCCCAUGGUCCAUCCCUGGAUUCUCCAAGCACUGACUCUCAUCCACUCUGACCACAGCCAGGGGCCACACCCCACUUCCUGCAGAGUGUCCAUCCAUGGAGGUGACCACCGUGUCCCCAUCUCCUGCCUCACUCACUGAAGGAGACGAUCUCUGUGAGAUAGAUGUCACCAACGUGGCCAUGUACAGUGUGGCACUGCUCAUCUGCCUCUGUGGGCUGGCUGGGAACGGGGCUGUCCUCUGGCUCCGUGGCUUCUGCCAUGUGUCCAGGAACAGCACCACCCGUUACAUCUGCAUUCUGACUGUUACCGACUUCCUCUUCCUCCUCAUUCUGAUCCCCUCCAGUCUGCUUUUCCUGCUGGAGGACGUGUUCUGCUCUGUCAUCAUGCCCUUGCCGUACGUGUGGUUUCUUUUCCAGCUGUGUCUGGUGUCCUACAUCAUGUGGCUGUACCUGCUGACAUUCAUCAGCAUCCAGAGGUGCAGGUCCAUCCACUGCCCGAUCUGGCACUGCUGCCACCGUCCCCAGCACCUAUCAAAGGUGGUGUGUGCCCUGCUCUGGGCAUUCUCCAUCAUUGUCUUCGCUCUCUUUGCCACAGUAAUUUUCCUGUGUGCAUUUCUGCCACCUGAGUAUUGCCGAGUAUCUCUCAUCUCCAGGUACACCUUUGACCUCCUGCUCUGUGCUCCUUUCAUGCUCAUUUCCAGCACAAUCCUCUACUUUAAGGUCAAAGCCGGCUCCCACCAGCAGCAAACCAAGAGGCUCGACAUUGUUAUCUGCCUCAUUGUGCUCUUCACCCUGCCCUUCAGCCUCAGGAAUUUACUGCAGGAGUUCAGCUAUACCAUUUUCUCAUCCCACGUGGCUUUCCUGCUUAUCUGUAUCUACACCAGUAUCAAACCCUUCGUCUACUUCUUGGCAGGGAGCUGCUGGAGGCACUGCUCUAUGGAGUCCCUCCGGCUCUCCCUCCAGAGGAUCUUUGAGGAGCCAGAAGAAAACCCUGCUGAUAUUGAUGAUCCUGCCAUGGAAGCUGUGCUCUGAGUCUCGUCAUUCCUCCUGCUGCACUGCUGAGGGACCCUGGGAAAGUGGGUGAAUGAUUCCUGGAGUCACCUGAUGAAUAAAUCUCUAAAGUGUCAUCCUCUCUUUGCUGGUGCAUCCGCCUUUCCAGACUGCACUGGGAUCUGAGAAAUGCUCCUGAGGCAUCAGCUUUGAGGAUCAUCCACUGGGCUCAGCUCCUCUGCAGCUCAUCAGAAACAUCUUCUGCUCCCAGAAACUGCUGCUAUCCAAUGACCUUCUGGGUUUUAUGGACAGCCUUGGAAAUUAUUUCACUUCUCUGAAUGGCACAACAUCCCUGUUCUCACACUUUCCCAGAAAGUUGCCAGCCCAAAGUGUGGCCAGGGUGAAAUAUGGCAGUGACUGAAGCCCAUCUCUUGGGGCCCUGUAAAGAAUGGACCAAAAGGAGACCAUUGGAGCUCUCCUGGGCCCCAGCAGCUCUGACCAGAACCUUCCUGGCAGUGGGGCCUCUCCCAGCCGGGAUCUCUCCCGUUUGCUGCCCUCGGGUGAUCCCCGAACACCGACGGGUCCUGGGCCAAUCCCCUCACUGCUCGAGGCUCAGCCCUUGGCACAGUGAGGAGAUGCAAACAGAUCCACAGUGAGCAUUUCCCUGCCUCCAAGGAGAAUUUCUCACAGGGACUCUGCACUGGCUCUGUCUGUGUGCACACACGUGUGCAUCUGCCAUGGCAAAUGUGGGAGCAAUGCUGCUCUCAGGUGUUUUAGUACCUGAGACAUCUGAGUGAGUCAGGCCUGUAAAAAAGUACAAGGCAUAAGUUAUGUUAAAUGCUGUUAAGUGUUAUUCCCCUGUUGAGUGUGCUAAGUUUAAGGUAUAACUGAAGUACUGUUAGGUUUGAGUGCUGUAAACUUUUUAAGACAUUUUCCUUUUUCUCCUUAUCCUCACUGUCCUUUUGUCACACGCACCUGAACACACAGAAACACAGACAGGGGCAGUGCUUUGGUCUGCGGUUGCUUAAUAUUAAAGCUGGUUUUAUUGAUAUCCUUGCUGGUGGUUUUGUGCCUCCAGAAAUUCUUCCUCUGCCCUGGCUUUCGCCUCUCCCUCAGGGGGAUCAGAUGAUACAGCUAAAAGGGGAGGGGGAGUCUGUAGUCCUCGGCACUGCCACUCCUUUCCAGGGGCAGGGUGACCAUGGGCUCCACAGGGCAUCAACCCCUCCAUGUGGUUUUUCUGAAGUCACUGAGCUGGCGGUGUUCAUCCUGGAGGAGGGAAGGCUUCAGGGAGACCUUAGAGCCCCUCCCAGGGCCUCAAAAAUCUCCAAGAACUACAGAGGCCCUUUGGACAAAAGCGUGAAGUGACAAGACAAGGGGCAUCAGCCAGAGAACGGGUUAAGUGGAAUACUGGGAAGAAAUUCUUCCCUGUGCGGGUGGUGAGGCCUGGCACAGGUUCCCAGAGAAACUGUGGCUGACCCAUCCCUGGAAGUGCUCCAGGCCAGCUUGGAUGGGGUUUGAAGCAACCCAGCCUAAUGGAAGGUGUUCCUGCUGGGAAAGGGGUGAGAUUAGACAAAAACAGCCACAAGUGUUCUCAAGAUUGAGGAGGAGGAAGAUGAGCUCUGGUGUAGGGCUGCAAGGGGUGAAAUGAACGGGCCAGGAGACCAGCUUCUUCUUUACUAAAAGGCCAGCUUUGGGGAGGGAACCCAAGGGGUCACGCAAACCACUGUUGUUUCCGCUGGAUGACAUGAAGGAGGAGGAAUUCUCCUUUGCCAGAUGACAGAGCUGGAGCUUCCAUCCUCACAAGAGUCCCUAGGAAUACAUUUGCAGGCUCUUGGUCGAGGGGUGUCAUGCAGACUGAGUGCUGCUGAAGUCAUGGCGACAAAGCGAAGAAGCUCCGGUUGGUGAUUUCAUCUUCUCCAUUCGCUUCCUCACCUGAGAGUACCAUUUUUUAGUCUUAGAUGUUAUACUGGCUCAUUGUUUUUAGGGGUUUUUAUCACCGAAUGGUAUCCCAUGAGCCCUUGCGGUCAUACGCCAUUUUGGAGGGGGUAGUGGAGGUGGGCGUGGAUACGAGAGUGGAUACUGGGACAGGAAAAUCGACAAACAGCUUGGAGUAUUAACAAUUUACAAAGACAUAAAACGUUAACAACAAAUAGUCAACACAAACAACAAUUAUAGUCAACUGGGUGGACACACAUCAACGGAAACAUCAACUGUAGUUAACUGGGUGGAUAACUUGUAGAGAAAAGCUUACAUCUGGGAAUUUAUUCCCCACAGUAUUUCCCCCUCUUUUUGAUUGGGCUCAGGCCCGCAUCAAUUUGUGGUUGCUGAUUCUUUUAAGUAAAAUUUCCUUAAGUUUUGCUAGUUCCCCUUGAUUCGCUUUAUGUUCAAAACAAAACCAGGUUUCUCCUCCAGGACAUUCCCAAGUAAGCGCUGCCUAAAUGAAACUGUAUUUUUUUUGCAAUCCAAUAAACCUUCCCAUCC